UCACCGUCAGGGUUCGACUCGUUGUCUAUUGUUCGAUGCUUUUAUUUUACAUGCUGGAAUCAGUAACUUUAUAAUAUAUGUAGUUAUUGAGACUGACAUGGUCAUAGACAGGUACUGUACGUAAUGAAUACCUACGUCAACCAACACAGCACGAGCCCGGAACGUUUGGACGAUUCUGACGAUGAUUAUCAAGAGGGCUAUGAACGAGUGGGUAGGCCAACCCCUGCACAUAUGCCUACCAGAAGCGGGAGUGAAGCUGGUGAGCCAGCGGAUACAGUAGAGGUACCCCAGGUAGCCAAUGUGAGGCGGAGGAAGAACCUGAUCCUGGUCGGGUGUAUACUAGUAAACCUGGGCCAGUCUGUCGUGUUCUCUAUGGCUGUGCUGGGUAAAAUUAAAUCAGAUCUUAGCAAUGACGAAGCAGACACCAUACGAAUGGCACUGUUGAUCACCAGACGUUUGGGAGUCCCGUUUGCAUCCCUCCUUAUGAUAGGCAUGGGUUACCGUAUCGUGGGGAUCAUCGGAUGUUCCCUUGUCGGCCUCGGGCUAUUUAUAGCUUCCUGGGUACCCCGUGUGGCAGUGGGAACCAUUACCUUUCUGGUCGGGGGAGUAGCAGGUCUUGGUUUCGCAUUUCUAUCAUUAACAGUCAUCGUUCCAAUCCUUGAAACCUUUACUAAACAUCGACUUAGAUAUCUAGUGAUGGUGCGGUCCGCAGAAUCUGUGUCGUCCAUCGUGUUUGCAAGCCUCACCUUGGUACCGGAUAUAGAAAUUGAUUGGCGGAUCCUGUAUCGGUACCAGCUGGUCGUGAUGGUGGUGGCGGGGGCCGCUUGUGUGCUUCUGAAGCCACUAGAGACAAUCAAAGCUGACGUCACUCGCGGCGUUAUUGGUCGUCUGCUCGGGUUGUCGGAUUUCUCAUUGUUUAAAGGCGUGACACUCUAUUUGUUGAUACUUGUUUAUGUCCUGGACCAAAUAGGAAUACCAACUACUCGGUACGAUCUUUCCUCACUACUGGAAGACCCUACGAAGCAGUUCGGAGCUGAUCUCUCUGUACGGGUAAUCGUGAUCCUGCCGUUUGUUGGAAAUCUAUUAGGACUUUUGGCACUCGUCUUCUGGAAAAUGUUCAGUCUAGUGGACAUCCUACAGAUGCUUGGACCGGUCAACAUAGCGUGCGGACUGCUGACCUUACAGGUCCCCGCUCUGGACAAGGUGGCCUGGGUGGCCGUGUACGCAGUAGUGUUUGGAAUGUCUUCAGGUGUUUUCCUCGCACUGACUGACAAUGUGAUACCUGGUGCGUUCGGGAAACAAAGCAUUCGGAUUGUAGAGGGAAUCCUAGGGCUAGCUUCCGGUGUUGGUCUUAUUAUAGCUUUGCCUGCCAGUAAUGCACUAAGUACUCAAACGACUCAUGGCUAUGAAUCAUCCUUCUACUUAUCGGGAUCAGCUCUUGUCAUUUCCGGUUUGCUAGCAGUUGGUUUCCGGUUCGUGCUGUUACGUCAGAAUUCGAAGAAAGAAAACAGUCGGUGACACCGUUAUAGAUGACAGAUAUAAGAAACGUUGUUUAUCAUUAACAUAUCGGUUAUUUUCAUAAUCAUUGAUACAACUAUGUGAAUCUUGUUUGAGGAGCUAGAUUGUUGCUAGGAACAUUUACUGACAAUGCUCUGUAAAGCUAGGAACAUUUACUGACAAUGCUCUGUAAAGCUAGGAACAUUUACUGACAAUGCUCUGUAAAGCUAGGAACAUUUACUGACAAUGCUCUGUAAAGCUAGGAACAUUUACUGACAAUGCUCUGUAAAGAUCAUGUGUCAUACACAGAUUGUUACUAGGAAUAUUUACUGUCAAUGCUCUGUAAAGCUAGGAACAUUUACUGACAAUGCUCUGUA